GUUUAAGUCGUGGAAAAAAUGGUUGAAAGUAAGGUGAUCAAGUUAAAAGCAGGGGGUGAAGAGAAGUUGACCAAUGGUCAAGUGGACUCUUCUGGAACUGUAAGGGCUCAGAUAGUUGGGGAUUGGACUUACGUUAGAGCCGGAAAUGAUUUGUUGUGCUUCGAGUUUAGUGGUGGAAAGUAUGUUCUACGGAAAAGAUUUGACGGACUGUUCACGGUCGAUGAUAAUCCGGUGGACUUUCCAUGGACAGUUUUCCAUAAAAGUGAUAGCGAAAAAUUCCUGAUUGUGAGAACGAUGGAUGGAAUAUCGAGUUUUAAUAUUUCUGGGAGUAAGGCUGGAAUUGAAAAUAAAAUUAAUACAGAAGAAAAUACGAUGAUCCAAGCCUUCGAUGAACAGCACACCAGUAGGAUAAGGUUCUUAACGAGUUCAUCGAAAAAUGGUAUGCUCGUGUUGUAUGAAGAUAACCAGGAAAAGGAUUUUUAUAAAUUUGAUUCAAAGAUGGAUCUGGACGAUGCUGAAGCGGAGAAGCCUGGAGGAGAUAUUUUUGAACUUUCUGGAAAGCAGGAGAAGGAUGCCGCAGAAUUUGUAGCAUUAGAUAAUGGAGUGAUCACCAAGCUCACGUUGGAAAAUGAAAAUUUCAAGAAAAAUGCUUUAAACGAACGCAGCGACCAGGAUUUGAACUCUUCUUGUGACAAAAUAUUUUACUUGGGAAUAAAUCGGGUGCAAAUAUUCAUUGUACCUCAAGAACAAGGAUUAGCUGUAUUCAAACUUGAAGGUAGAAAUUUGCAACAAAUUUGUUUGAACCAGCAAUUUUCCGUUGCCAGAGGAUGGGCAAAAGAACAUUGGGAUACGGUACGAGUAGUAGAAAAUGCAUCAAAAGGAUAUUUGGUCUUCACUGGACCAAAUGGUGUUGGAGUUUUCCAGAUUCCUACAUCUGAAUGUGGCGAUGAACAUUCAAGGAUUGAAGAUUCUAUAUUGCCACUGGAACUUCGUCAUGGUAUCGUUUUAAAUGCAAAAUUCCUAGGUGACGAACUGAAGUUGUUGGUCAAAAACGCGAAUCAGGUUAGUUCUUUAACGACUAUCCUUGAGAGCGUCUUGAAAGAUAUCCCAUCAACAGUUGAGCUACAGGAUACUUCAACAACUUUGAAACCUGAAUAUGAUUCAUCCCUUAAACUGAACGAAAAGAGUGCUAUCCAAAAAUCACUUUGGUUGGGAGAAACCCUGGACACUUCGUCGAUAAUCGACGCAGUGGAUCGAACAACUGGACGGUUGAGCUUCACGCUACCGAUAAUCGAUUUUAGCAGUAAAUUUGGCAUCCCGAUCAAGCACACCUUCUACUACGACCCGAGAGACGAGCAGGAAUUUCUGGAUGCGGAAACGGGUGGCGUUCUCGGACGUCAUUGGUCCAUGUCGGCGGACUACAUCUACGUCGAUCGCAAACAGAGCGUAUUCGAGGAGGCGUUCGAGUAUUUUCUGGUGAACGAGCGCAACAAACUGGUUCUGGAGCGAGUUAGCUCGAGUGAAUCGGAGGAACGAUUUGUGUUGAAUGGAACCGAGGUGAUUUAUCAUAAGAGGGCUGCUGCGAAAGGUUGGGAGAUCAAGUUGAAGGAUGUGACCUAUAGGUAUGGCAUGGAUGACGGUUCAGUUCGUUGGACUUUUGGGUGGCCCAAUUGGAAUGGAAAAGGAACGGUUGAUGCUGGUCUUCAAAGACUUCCUCUUGAGUGGCAUUUGAGUCAAGUCGCCACAAACCAAGGUUCUGGAGUCGUGAAGUAUACUUACGAAAGUGAUUUUGCUGAUGGUACUAAUGCAAUUUCUGCUACUAAGGGUAUAUUCUUAUCGCGAAUUGAAGAUAAAGAAGAAAAUGUUUCUGUCAGUUUCAAGUAUGAGUCUAAACCAGAUCAAAAUAAACCUGGUAAUUCAGGGCAGAAGUUUGACACUGACAAAUUGUUCGAAGAUAGAAAGUACUUAACUAAUAUUAAAGUUAUCAAUAAUGAUGUUUUUCACGACAUUAAACUUGAGUACAACAACAGGAAAACCCACUUGGAAAAAAUAAUCGAUGGAGCCAAGUCGCUUCUGGAGAUGACUUACUCGAACAACUAUUUGAAGUCGAUCCAAAUUCCGGGUUCAAACAUAGCCUACAAUUAUGAACACCUUUUAGUUCCGAAAGACAAAUUGAAAACGAAAUUCAACAUCGACACGCAAAUCUACUUUGAGUCUUCGUAUGUGAUCACCUCAAAACUUUCCAUGAAGCGUACAAUCGAGUUGGAAAUCUACGACAUCAAGUCCAUUUUACAGGACGAUCGGAAACCUGUUUGGAGUCAAAGAGUUUCAACUGAUGAAGAUGUGCGAAGUGUUAGCGUGACAACUAAGCCAAGGUAUUUCUUAGUGAUAGCACAGUUUGAGAAAGCGAUCAAACUUGUUAUGUUCGUCAAAGAUGAAGACGGCAUCAAGGAUUGGAAGAAAAAUGAUGAACUCAACUAUCAGAAACAGAUCGACAUGAAUCCACAGGAUCAGUAUUGUUUGAUCAUCUACGAGGACGAUAAUGGUGACUCCCAACUAGUACUGUACGAUGAUUUCGACAAGAAAGAAUACAAUUUGCAAGGUCUUAAGCACUUCGGACUUACCUUUGUCCAUAAAGGAAUUAUUUAUUACGACAUAAAUGGGGUGCAUAUAGUUCGAUACAAUGACAAGUUUAUUAAAACAACUAUUGCUACCGAGAACUUUGUUGAUAGCACAAUAGAUGUACCAAACAAAUUCGAUGUUCCCGAGUUACUCGGCGAUCCAGACUUCAACAAAAAAUACAUUGGAGACUUACAGAUGUCUCUGGCUGGAGGAGGAAUUGCUAUGCUGAGCAAUAUGUUAUUCAUCCGCCAGUUGAAACUUGAAGGCACAAAUAUUGAAUCGACCGUAAACAUGUACCUUCUAGAUAGCAGAUACAACAUUAUCUCGCAAAAAACCAACAUUAUCAAGCCCGGGACUAUUCAAAUAGACAAAGAAAUUCGUUUGACUUUUAAUCCAAGAGGUUAUAUAAAUACGGAACAUCACUAUCUAUUUAAAUUUGAGAAAAAUAAAAAUGAUAAAUGGACGCUAGCUAUCAAGGAGCACAACACUACUGUCACCGAUAAAGAUGAAUAUAAUACGGUAAUCCCAGCCCUUCUAAGAAUUCCACUUAACUUCGACAAAUUAAGUCUCUUUCGAAUGGGUGAUUCGGUCAUUUGUGGAAGUAAAUCAUUUUCCUACGAUGGUAAUCAAUUUAAAACGAUUGAUGUCGAUGAGACGGAGUUGAAGCUGCACAAAAUCAAUGUACAAAUUGCUAAGAAUGUUUGGUUGACUAAAGAAUCGAAAGAUGGGCCAGUUAAACUGUCUUCAGAAGGUCAAAGCAAAUCAACUACAUCGCUGGAAACACCUCGGUUGGAUCAUCUUCACAUGAAACUUCCCACAUAUGUGAGCUACAAGAAGAUCGAUGGAUCAAACUAUGUGGUUAAACUUGAAAACGGUGGCACUACAGUAGGAGAAAGAAUACGGGGGGCAGGAAAGAUUCUUGUUUCUUCAACACCUCUCUACUUACUGACAAACGAAACAACCCAUAUCGGUGUAACCCCGAUUCAAGCGGUUCAAGCUUCUCAAACGAUCAAAACUACCGUUAUAACAUCUGAACAACGAAUGUCAGCUUCCACAAAAUAUGAAUACGACGUCAAUUCGGCUAGUAUUGUAGGGAAUCAGGUGGGAUUUCAGAAGGUGAACAUUUUCCCAUACAAAGACAACACCUUUGGAUCGUUCGAACAAACUACGAACUUCACGGACAAGUCACGAGUAGUUCGUGUUUUGGACUCCAAAGGUCAAUCGGUGGUGGAAAACUACAAAGGUGAUACUGAUGCGAAUACAGCUGAUCAAUCUUCAACAACGAGACCUAUUUGCGUGCUGUUCGAUCGAUUUGGUAUUAACCCGAUUGUUAACUUCGAACCCAUGGAGCUGAGCUCGGAACAGGUCGACUUCAUCGGGUUUGAACGAUAUGAGAAGCUGGACGGAAGAAAGUGGAACAUAGAUGUCAACAGCAUUGUCCGUGAUCGUUUUUCAGGCACUGGUAACAGUUUCUACCAGUUGAAGAAUGCUGGACAACAGUUUAAAGGGGAAUUUUCUAUGAAGAACUUCCAGCAAACGCACGUUGUUAGCGCUUGGAUUCGGUCGAAUAAAGGCUUUGAAAUGGAUAAGACGUCGAAGAUUUUAACAGUAGCUAUAAACGGAAAGAGUAUUGAAGGUGUUGUGAAAGAUCAAAUCAACGAGUGGUACUACAUCGAAGCACUUAUUGAACCAACAGAAGGAUCCGUCGAUUUAUUAAAACAAAAACAACAGUCCAUCAAGAUAACAUUUAAAACAGAUAGUAAUCCAUUCCUAGACAUCGACCACGUGCGUCUAUCGCCGCUUAGCUUGGACGUCGAAGCGAUCAUCUACGAUGAGUAUCACCCGAGACCAAUUGCCAAGCUCAACAACAACGGACGAACUAGCCAAAUACUGUACGACGAUUAUGGACGGAAAGUCGGCGAAAUCGAUCAGCGUGGUAGUGUCGGUAAGCUAUUGACCUAUUCGCGAAAACCAGUAAUCGCACAAUCGGCAGACGCUGUCGAAUCGAUGGUUCAACUGCAACCAACGGCAGGAUUUCUGGAAACGUUUUCACCCCAUACGUUGAAGCUGAAUUGGAAUGUUGAUAGCGUCAAUGAUUGGAAGUUUUCGUCUAAACGUGUUAAACAUGAGAACGGAAAAACGCAUAAAUUAACUUUCAAAAAGUCUAUAGAAAAUGCUACAAAUGUUGGACUUCGAUUUAAAGUGAGUCGUGAAAACGUUAAAGGUCAGGUGAGCAUAGACUUCCAGUCAGGAACAUUGCAAACUCAGGAUUCCAUCGAAAGUUUAGCUUUUGACGUCGUGAUCUUGUUUUACAAAAAUUUCCAAGCAAUGUGGAUUGAUGGAGUCCUGAAGAAAACCUUGACCGGAACCUGGGAUCCUAAACAAAAUUUGUAUAUCAAAGUUUCCGGAAGCGUUGAGAUAUCUGAACUAAUCGUGCUGUGGAACGUUGAUGCUGUCGUCGAAUACAACAAUUUCAAGGGUCAACCACUUCAGCAAAUCACCGUGGAAGAUGAUCAACACCUUGCAAUACGAGGCUACCUGUACGACGAAAUUGGACGACAAGUUGUCGAAACUGUGUGGCAACGAAUUGAAAUAUCGAAAUCCUCGAAUAAAAUCUUCGACUACCGUGAGAAUUUCAUCCAAGCGAACAAUGGUCAAUCCAUAUCUGGUUCAAUUGUAACCGAAACUUCGACGCAAUACGCCAACUUCCCCUUCAAACAAACCCAAUACCUGGACUGCCCGCUUGAAAUCAGAACAAAGUCCGGUCUACCGGGAAAAGAGAACAACAUCGAUUCUAACCGAGCAAUAGCCUACAGUAGAGGCUCGAACAAUGCUUGGUUGCAGCUUUUGUUCCCGCUGAAGAAAGGCUUCCGAUACGAGCAACAGCAGCGUCCAAACAAGGCAACCACUACGUUGGUGUUUGACAACCAAGAUCGACGAGUCGCACAUUACGAAAGCGUCCCAAGCUACGAGAACGUUCUUACGACUUAUCGGUACGAUGAUAAGGGAAAUGUUGUCGAAGAACUUCCACCAAACUUUCAUAAUGAUGUUCAAACUACGGCUAACUCCAACGAACUUGAUGUAUUUCUGAACGGCUUAGUGAGCGAGAAGAACGCUUCUCGAUACGCUUGGAGGGUGUUUAAAGAGUACGAUGCAAACAAUCGCUUAGUUCUAAAAAAAACUCCGGAUGCCGGGAAGUAUCGGUACUUGUACAACGAUUUAGGUCAGUUGAGAUUUGUCCAGCAUUUCAAUCUUAAAAAUGAAAUUCAGAAAACUUUCUAUCACAAGUACACUUCCACGGGAAAAGUCUUUGAAUUCGGGUUGAUCGAUGAGAAUUCUACCGGCGAUCUCGAUAGCAAAUUAGUCGAUUUAACCUACCCACCGUCAACGAAAAACUUCAUCCGCUUAGACUACGGCGAGGAAGAUCUGAGCACAUUCCAUCGGGGUCGAAAGCACUACUCCCUCAAGGUGGACGAUCGUGGAGAUCAAACGUCCGAAGUCGUUUACUACGACGGUGAAGGUAACGUUAUCGGAAAAUCUUACCUUCAUCCGACAGAGCUCAACAGCACCGUAGAUUUGAGCUUCAGCUAUGAACGCAACAACAUUGCCGCUAUUGGCUAUCCGUUCGAAUUUCUCGGAUCUUCGCUGAUCGUGACUUAUCGUCAUAAUUUAAGAGGUGAGGUGACCGCUAUUGGAAUUCCCAAUCAAUUGGAUCGAUUUGCCACUGUUAGACAUGAUCCUAGAGGUAAGGUUGAAGAAAUACUGUCUUUACCUAAAGAUGUGAACAGAAUAAGGCAAACAUUUGCUUAUGAUGCUGCGGGAAAUAUGAUCAAGAUAAAUAGUGACUUUUUGGAUGAAAUUUUGGACUACGAGAAAGGGGGUGUAAGAGACAACGAUGCUGGAGACGGUUCUAUUUUACGAACGACGUUUGAGGCAAAGUGGCACAACAAGAGCAGUCCGAGUGGCUGGCAGUUAAGAGCGGCUAAUCUUCUAAGCUACGGAUUGAAAUCAAAGAAGUCAAUUGAAUGUUUCAAAGCUCUCAUAUCUGAAAAUUACGUCAGUAAUCUACUGAAACCCAUAAAAGUAUUGAAAGAUACCGCUAUUAAGGAAUUGAGUUUUUCUAAAGCUAAGGGUUGCUUUGAGUCCCCAAAUCGCAAAAUACUAGCGAAGUAUUUAAUGGAAAAGGGAUUUCCGGAGAAAUACGGACACGCCUACGAUUACGGGAAUCAUGGUGAACUUACUCAGGCGAAGUUUUUCAUCGGACCCGAAUCAAAGGUCACAACCGAAUCAAAUGAGGACUCUCCUGGGGAUGUCUUAUCGUUACAAAUAGAUCCCAAUGGUAAUCAUAAGCUGUUUUACACCGGUCUAGAGCGCUUCGAAAUACAAUACGAAAUACGAACCAACAAGAUUAAAUCGGUGAAACGAGGUGCCUUAGGUAAAGCAACGAAAUUCGAUCACGAUUCUGCUGGAAACGUCAUCCAGGCAGAGUACAAGAACAUCACUAAAAUCGAGUACGAUUACUUGUUGGAUCGAGCUUCCAAAAUCAACCUAAACGAUGGGACAGAAAUCCAGUUAAGUUACGAUAUUCGAGGUGAAAGAACAGUUAAGAAGGUCAUCUACCCCAACGGAACUAGCAAAGAGGUAUACUACAUUCGAGACACCAAAGGAAGAUGUUUGGUGGACAUCACCUUCAACUACACCAACAAAAAGUCACAAAAACCUCUAGUCAUUCUUACGGCUUACAUCUAUGGACCCCUAGGGCUGCUCGGAUUCAUCCGUAACAACGUCUUCUACAGCGUGCUAGCGGAUCACGAAGGAUCUACCCGUUUGGUGGUGAAGAAUGGAGAGGUGGUCGCAGCGUACGACUAUCUACCCUAUGGGCAGCGACAGCGCCAUUUCCGAUCCGAUCCCGACGGUUACCUAGACUACCAGUACACCGGACAGGAGUUUGACGAAGAAACCGGACUCUACAACUAUCACGCUAGGCUGUACGACCCCGAGCUGGGAAGAUUCUACCAGGUGGAUCCACAAGAGCAGUAUCCCAGCCCGUAUAAGUAUGCCGGCAAUUCACCGGUGAUGAUGGUUGAUCCCGAUGGAGAACUUGCCCUGCUAAUAGCUUGCAUUAUAUUUGCGAUCCUUGGAGCGUAUUUGGGGGGUGCAUCUGUUAACGAAAACUGGAACCCCCUGAAGUGGAACUGGAAGUCCGGUUACACUUAUUUGGGAAUAAUUGGGGGUGGUGUAGCCGGUGCCUUGCUCCCUAUUGGAGGCGUCGCAUCGUUUGGAUAUCUUGCGGCCAUAGGUGGUACUGCCUUCGCCACAUUCGCAACAAUAACCAUCGCCGCAGCAGGGGCUUACCUUGGAAUGGCUAGUGCUGCGAAUGAUUGGAACCCGGCAAAUUUCGACUUCACAAGUCCUUCGGUCUACAGCGGAAUGCUGCAAGGAGCUUCGAUGGCUGUCAACAUCCCAUCGGGAGCAGUUGGAGUUGCCAGAACCAUGGCAGGGUAUGCUACGAAAGGUAAAAUCAUAUACAUGAUUUAUGUCCAAGGAACUUCUACGCUCCUUGGCUAUGUCAUGGGUUCGUUCGCCAAUAAUAUGACCUGGAACCCUGCCAAGUGGAACUGGAACCCCAAAACAAUUUUCGCCAUCGCUCAAGGAAGUACGGCUAUACUGAUGGGAUCAUCCGGUACACUGAAACACGGUCCCAAGAAGCAGUUCUUCCAGAUGGAACCUGUAGCUGCACCCAAAUCAGCAGUUCAGAAAUUUGGCUCCCAGAUGGAAAAAUUCUACAAGGUUCGCGAUGAGAUCGCCGUAAUUAAGUUCCAAAAAGCCAAAAUGGUAGCCAAGUCAAUUAUGAAGAAAAGAGAGCCAUAUGGUCAUUACGUACGAGGUCCUCCACUGGUGGUUCUAGCGCAAAUAGGCGAAUUUGUAAGCGUUCCUCGCCUGUUCGGUGGUAUGAUGCUUCAUAUUGGAAUCGGUAUGAAUCAUCUUUUCAAGUUUAAACAAUUCUACGAAAAGUUUACCGAAGGAUUCACACGAAAAACAAGAAGCGUGGAACUGCCACCGGUGACUUCCAGUGGUUCCAAGACAACAAACUUGUUCAUAGACGUGAUAAAUCAGGUGAACUGGAUAACAUCGACUUCUUCAGAACGACAACAAAGUGACCAUUUUACCCCAAUAACUGACUUAGAUAACCCUUCGGAGGGAACUCCAAAUAAGAAAGCUAAAGCCUACGCCUUCGUCAACUGCUAUUCAAUCGAUCCAUCAUCAACGCAUUUCACUUGUUACCAAUCCGCUGGAAGGGUGGAAAUUUUCCCGAAAGAUCCAUCUAUGAUUUCAUCUACGAAUAAUGCGAUUCCCAUGGAUAACUGUGUACCAUUCCAUUGGUACGAUCAGCCGUCGAUCGGUUGCCAAGGAAAAGAGUUUUCAUUCAUCUACACACCGUAUGAGCGGACUCGAUUCUUUACCUUCCUCGAUGGGUGGUUGUUGCUGGCAAGAGUUGCACUAUCGGUUGUUCAAAAUAAAGAAUCUAAGAAAAUCUCGGAUCGUAUACCAUUUCCGGAACUGAAGUUAUCGUUUUAUCGUGAGCAAUUAGAUGACAUUGGAAGGUUUUUGGAUAAACAUGGUUCUAAGCCCGAAUGGCGUUGGGCUAAACUGCAACUAGCCGAUAUGAAGCAAGACCUAUACCAAUUUGCUGAACGUGGAACAAUAUCUAGUGACGAGCUGACGUUGUUUGAUGAGCAAAUAUCUGCUUUGAGAGAAGAUUCAGAGGAGCAGUUUUAUUUUAUGAAACAGGUUGGAGCAGCAUAAAUAUGAAUUAUGUGUAUGAAUAACGCCAUUGACGAAGAAUUAAUAUAAAAUUGAUAGUUGUGAAAUCUUUCUAAUGAGUUUAUGAAAAAAAAAAAAAACAAUAAAGCAAUUUAUCUUGAAAACAAAUAAUUAAAAAUAA